GCCAUUCCGGAUGCUUUAGGCUGCCGGAUGUCUGAUCUCCGGAUAACUGAGGCGUUUCUGUACAUGGAUUAUCUGGCACUGGCAGAUCCACAGCUCAGCACGAAAAUCCGUGGUGAGUCCCAAGUGGCUGCUGAGAGCUGACAAUCAACUGUGCUUCUCUGGAAGGGAAGUCUGAGUGUCACAUCUCCAUGGCUGCUGCGUGUUUUCGAGCGCUUUGCUGCAAGGGACCACCCCCUGCACGCCCAGAAUAUGAUUUGGUUUGCAUAGGCCUCACAGGCUCUGGGAAGAGCAGUCUGUUGUCCAAGCUCUGCAGCGAAAGCCCGGAGAAUGUUGUGUCGACCACAGGUUUUAGUAUAAAGGCAGUGCCAUUCCAGAAUGCCAUCUUGAAUGUAAAAGAACUCGGAGGAGCUGAUAAUAUCCGGAAAUACUGGAGCCGCUACUAUCAAGGGUCUCAAGGAGUAAUAUUCGUCUUAGACAGUGCCUCCUCAGAGGACGAUUUAGAAACGGCUAGAAAUGAACUGCAUUCUGCUCUUCAGCACCCACAGCUGUGCACUUUGCCCUUUUUAAUAUUGGCCAAUCAUCAAGACAAGCCCGCAGCUCGCUCAGUGCAAGAGAUCAAAAAAUAUUUUGAACUUGAACCACUUGCACGUGGCAAACGCUGGAUUCUGCAGCCCUCCUCACUAGACGACACGGACGCCCUGAAAGACAGCUUCUCCCAGCUCAUAAGCUUGUUAGAGGAAAAGGAGCUGGAGGCGAUGAGAAUGUGAAAUCUGACGCAGAGUUCCCCGAGAGCCUUGACCCCAUCGUGUUAGCUUCCCAUUCUGGUUUCAUGUUGGUGUCAAGACUGUCAUGGCUUCAGCAUCUCCUCCCCUCUUGCUCCUUCAGCCUCUCAUCUCUCUGCUAAGCGACUGUUCCGUAAGUCAGGUGAAUUAUCCUCGGCAUUAACGUCAAGUACACACUACUGAGGGAGAAUUGAUUCUCAGUUUACCACUAAUUAUCUCCACCGCAUGUCUCUUCCUUCUGUUGGCCUACGACUCUCUUCUGUGCUUUGUGCUAAAGUGGAUGGAACUCGCGGCUCAUGGAAAUGAAACCCUUCCGGGGAACUCAGACUCCCGCGUCUUCACUAACUUCCCUGGGCUUGAGCUUAGACGAUUGGAACUAGACUCCACACGAUGUAUAUGCCGUUUCCAUGAUCUUUUAAGGGUUCAAGUUUUUUACACUUUAUUUUGUCUUGUCUUUGUGUGUGUGUGUGUGUGUGUGUGUGUGUGUGUAUGUGUGUGUCUGUGUGUCUCUCUGUGUGUGUGUGUGUGUGUGUGUGUGUGUCUCUGUGUGUGUGUGUGUGUGUGUGCUUACUUUAUAGGCUAUGAGUGAACGUGACCACCCAAAGCUUCACCUGCUCAUCUUUUCACAAAACUGGCUCUGAAGAACCGAGAAAGCAGAUGUGUGAAGAUGCUUGCUUGGUUCUGCCUGCAGCCAUGAGAGAGUUGGAGCAAAUUUAGGCAAGCACAGGUACCACUGAGUCCCAUUUGAUCAAGUCCGCAGAUAUUUAAUGGAGUCAUUAAUCUACAAAAAGCCAAGCUGCAGUGUAAGCAUUUGUUUUUGCUAAAAAAAAAAAAAAAAAUCAGAAAUGUUUGAAUGAAAUCAAGAAAAUGACUUUUCAAAUAAUAAACAUAACAGCCAAAGUCUAAUCCACGGUUGGGAUUUAAGCUGGCAUGGAUUUGAUGCAGCUCAAAGGCACACCCUGUUAAUUAUUCAUCAGUGCUGAUGCUGACUGGGGGAAGUCUGCUCAGGCCUCCGUUUAGUAAAGGUCUCAGUGUUUCUAUUAUAAACCUCUAUUUUCAGGGGUGUCCUAUGCCCUUCACGUAUGCUGGGCUACAGCAAAUAAAUAGAGGGCCUACACUCAGCCUUUGGAACUAAUUUUUUUCCACUUAGUUGAAAUGAUAAAAUUGCAUAGAACAAUGUACAGUUUUAGUAAGAUUUAACACCUUUGACCUUUUCUAAAUCAGGAAUAAUUUAUGAAUAUUGAGGCUCAUGGAUGAAAUAUUCACUGGCACAUCUUGUAAAUGUUUGGCCACUUAUUCACUAUUUUACAAAGUGGCCAAAUGAUAGAAAACUGCUCCCUGCACCCAAGCAAUAAAAACAUAGGUCUCUCAUUAUUCAGUACUGUAGACUGAUACCUUGACGCCACAGACUCAAUGCCAUAUUAUUGCAGGUUGACAGAAAACCUUGUGACUCUCCAGAGGACAGUCUUCAAACCCCUCGCAGUGCUCAGAUGUAGUGAUUUCAUCUCGUAAAUGGAUUUUAAUUAAAACAAUCCCGCACUUCUUUAAGCCUUUUAAAAUAUAUACACGGCAUAGACCAGAGAAGGCUCCAUGGUGAUUCAUUUUGUCUAAAGUGUCCCUGAAUAAUUCUCACUCCGUGGGAUGGUCCACGGACAGCACAAAUCUUUAAUUCCUUUUUUUUUUAUUUUUAUUUUGUCCUCUCUUGCUCAUCUCCGUGAAAAUAAAUAAGUGAUUUUUUUUCUUCAGGCUUUGCUCUCUCUCCCUGCAAGUUCAUUAAAUGUAGAAUGUUGUCUUUUUGAAGAUAUGGUGGCUGAGUGCUCCUUGCCAUCUGUUAAAUGACUUCCCGUUGUCUGUGUGUGUUCGUGUGCGCCAGUGAUGGGCUUCUCCGCAGCCCGGAGACUGUCUGCAGCGUCGCAGCCGUCAGAAUGAAAACAUUAUCAAUCAGCACCCAACAACAGCUGUUUUUGACAAGUUCCUGUCUGACGCCUGAUGCCUUACAACUGUCAAUAAGGCUCUUUCUUUGUCUAGCGGGUCGGAGCGCACUGUCUUAGUGCUCCUCUUGGCAUCCCGUCUCUGUAACCCUAGAAUUUGCCGUGUUUGGGAAACCCAU